UAAGAGUUUGCAGAUCUUCGGCGGGGUCACUAGCUUAAAAGCCCUGUCGGGCGGCUUUUAAGCUAGUGAGGUAUAAGUAUGAUUAAUUAAACUUUUCCUUCCUACAUUAAAUACGAUGCCGCUCAAUUGAAUAUUUUGUUAUUUUGCAAAGCUGAGCUUAAUAUAUUUCUAACACUACGAAAAAGGCAAAGGGUAACAACUCCAGCGAAUUAACAACAAAACCCAAUGUCUUCUCUAGUGACUUAGCACGACAUAGAAACCGAUUAAACGGUGUUACAUUUGACUAUAAACAUCGUGGCAUUAUGUCCCUUUAACUAAAGGAAAUAUACAACUACCAACUGAUACAAAAAUUAAUUGCAUUACACAAUUCUCUCUACAUGAAGCACAGCAAAUUUAAGAUCACAUAAUGUCGCGUUAAAUUCACUUUGACUAAAAAAAGAGCCAUGCCUAUCCCAUUCCAUGUUCUACGGAACAUUGCUAUUGUUGGAGGGUUCAUUUCCAUUGGAGGUGCUGGAAUUUUUACGACGAAGUUAAAAUAUAAAUUCAAACAAGCAGACUAUUUCAUUGAAUCAGUGUCUCUUCUACGCAACUAUACUCCAAUUGAAAAAUAUCUUGGUCAACCAAUUGUAGUGAAAAGCAUUGAUCUUGGUGACACUGAGAACAAUGUUGUUGGUGCCCUGGGUGCAAAGAUUGCAAUUCCUGUAUGUGGUCCUAAAGACAAAGGAAUUCUUUAUUGCUGGGCUACUCGUGAAAAUACAGAUGAAAGAUGGCUGGUUGACAAACUUGAAAUUGAAAUAAAGAAAACAAAGCAGCGAUGGACAUUUUAUGAACGACCAAUAACAAAAGAAAAUGAAGAGAAAAAGUUAUGACAAUAGGAGACUGUUAAUUAUUUUAAACCAAAUUUUCAAAAUUAAAGAAAGAAUAUUGUUGAUAUAUUGUUAA